AUGAAUCACCAGAAAAUUAAGACCUUUGUUUCAGCUGGUUCACUAGUAGCAUUACAAAACAAACAAAUACUACAACAGAAGAAGAAGAAGAAGAAUACAGGAACAAGCUAUGUAAAUGCAAAGGAAAAUCAUCACAAGCAGAAGGAGAAGUUAAACAAUGUUCCAGUUAGAUCCCAAGUACAAGAACAAGUGCAAUGGGUCUUUGAGGAUCCUAUCUUACCUGUAGCACCAGUAGAGGAGCAAGUGAGCCAAGAAUUGUUAUAUUACACCACUCGUGCCUCACAACCAUCACUCGAACAAGUGCAGCAAGAUCAGUUAGAAAUUCCUAAAUUUGAAGCAAAUGAACAAUUUGGAGAAGGCUCUUCAAUUAACAAAAAUAAAGGUGCUACACAAAUGGCAGCAGUACAUAGACGAACUGAGUGUCAACUAAUAGUGCUAAAUAAGUUGAAUCGGCGUAUUGGUCCUACUAAAGCAGUGGUCACCAAGUUCAGCAGUUUUCUUGGCACUUUGGCAAGGAAUGGGAUAUUUUGUCCUCUUAAUAUUAGUUGGGCAAAGUUGAAGACACAUGAUGAUAUGUGGAGCUAUAUCCAGGAGAAAUAUGACAUUCAUGAAAAUGGAAAAAAAUGGGCUAUGAAUGAAAUUGGUGCUUCUUUUAGAGGGUACAAGACUAGGUUUAAGAAUGACCAGUAUUAUGUGUACCCCAAUAAUGAAAUUCGAAAGGUAAAUAGGCCUAAAACUAUUCUAGAACCUGUAUUUGCAGAUUUGCUUCAGUAUUGGAACUCCAACGAAGCUAAGGAUAAGUCUGAUGCUAACAAGCAGAAUUGA